AUGCAAACUCUAAAAUGUGUCGUUGUGGGCGAUGGUGCUGUUGGUAAGACUUGUCUUCUAAUUUCGUACACUACGAAUCAAUUUCCGGCUGAUUACGUUCCAACAGUUUUUGAUAAUUAUGCGGUAACCGUCAUGAUUGGUGACGAACCAUAUACGUUAGGUUUAUUCGAUACAGCAGGACAAGAAGAUUAUGAUAGAUUAAGACCACUUUCGUAUCCAUCCACCGAUGUCUUCUUAGUUUGUUUCAGUGUCAUUUCCCCACCCUCUUUCGAGAAUGUUAAAGAGAAGUGGUUCCCAGAAGUACAUCAUCAUUGUCCUGGCGUACCUUGUCUAGUUGUCGGCACCCAAAUAGAUCUAAGAGACGAUAAAGUUAUCAUUGAAAAAUUACAAAGACAGAGAUUACGUCCAAUUUCUCCGGAACAAGGUGAAAGAUUAGCAAGGGAGCUAAGGGCGGUUAAAUAUGUUGAAUGUUCUGCAUUAACCCAGCGUGGUUUAAAAAAUGUUUUUGACGAAGCUAUUGUUGCUGCUUUAGAACCACCUGUCAUCAAGAAAAGCAAGAAAUGUACUAUUUUGUAA